UGCAUCAAACAUUUUAACAUCCAAAAUAUAUACAGACACAGCACAUACCUCUCCCUCUCCCUCUCCCUCUUACCAAAAAUAAAAAUAAAAAAAUCUUAAAACAAUGGAUAAACUUCCUAAAUGUGAAGCAAACUAUGUUCCUCUUACCCCAUUAACUUUCUUGAAGAGAGCAGCUUCAUCUUAUGCUAAUCGUACCUCUAUCAUUUAUGAAGGCACCCGUUUCACUUGGCUGCAAACCUAUCAACGUUGCCUUCGCCUCGCCUCCUUUCUUGGCUCCUUGAACCUCGUAAAAAAUGAUGUGGUGUCUGUUCUGGCUCCGAAUAUUCCGGCCAUGAAUGAAAUGCACUUUGCAGUGCCCAUGGCUGGAGCUGUCCUGAACACCAUCAACACCAGGCUAGAUGGCAAGACUAUAGCCACCAUUCUUCGCCACUCCGAAGCCAAAGUUUUCUUUGUGGAUUACCAGUAUGUUCCUCUGGCACGAGAGGCUCUCCGGUUAUUAAUAGAUGACUCUCAACAGGAGAAUUAUGUUUCAUCUGAAUCUAAUUUCCCGUUAGUCAUCGUGAUUGAUGACAUUGAUUCACCUACUGGUGUCCGGCUAGGCGAGUUGGAGUAUGAAGAGGUUUUGCAUAAAGGCAAUCCUAAUUAUGUGCCUGAAAUCAUUCAGGAUGAAUGGGAUCCUAUUGCCUUAAAUUACACAUCCGGCACAACUUCAGAGCCUAAAGGAGUUGUUUAUAGCCAUAGAGGAGCUUAUCUGAGCACUCUUAGCCUAAUUCUCGGCUGGGAAAUGGGAAAUGAGCCUGUUUAUCUUUGGUCUCUUCCUAUGUUCCAUUGCAACGGCUGGACUUUCACUUGGGGGAUCGCUGCACGCGGCGGAACCAAUGUUUGUCUGCGCAAUAUCACCGCGUACGACAUGUUCAGGAACAUUUCGCUCCACAAAGUUACCCACAUGUGCUGUGCACCUAUCGUUUUCAAUAUCAUUCUUGAGGCAAAACCACACGAGCGCCGUCAAAUAACUUCUCCGGUUGAAGUUUUAACCGGAGGAGCACCACCGCCACCGUCACUUCUAGAAAAGAUAGAACCACUUGGAUUUCAUGUCACGCACGCAUAUGGGCUAACGGAGGCUACUGGACCAGCUUUAGUAUGCGAGUGGCAAGAAAAGUGGAACCAACUUCCAGUACAGGAACAAGCAAAACUGAAGUCAAGACAAGGGCUGAGCGUACUAACCCUUGCCGAUGUUGAUGUAAAAGAUUUACAAACAAUGGCGAGUGUUCCUCGUGAUGGAAAAACAAUGGGAGAGAUAGUUUUGAAAGGGAGUAGUAUAAUGAAAGGGUAUUAUAAAGAUCCAGCAGCUACUUCUAUGGCAUUCAAGAAUGGAUGGUUUUGUACAGGCGAUGUUGGAGUUAUCCAUCCUGAUGGGUACUUAGAAAUCAAAGAUAGAUCAAAAGAUGUGAUUAUAUCAGGUGGCGAAAAUAUUAGCAGUGUAGAAUUGGAAUCUGUACUUUACAGGCAUACAAGAAUCCUGGAAGCUGCUGUUGUAGCAAUGCCACACCCAGUAUGGGGAGAAAGUCCUUGUGCUUUUAUUGCUCUUAAAAAGAACGCAAAUGGUAAAACUGAUGAGCUCAAAGAAGAUGACAUUAUAGCUUACUGCCGGAAAAAUCUCCCUGGGUUUAUGGUUCCCAAGAAGGUGGUUUUCUUGCCGGAACUACCGAAGACGGCUACUGGGAAAAUUCAAAAGUUUCAGUUAAGGACUUUGGCGCAGAAUUUCCAAGUAUCAAAGAAUCAGAGUAUUUCUGGGAAAAAGACCGGUAAAUCAGAUCAAGUCAAUAGAGAAAUAGCAGAAUAUGGUACUCAGCCCCAUGAACAAAUUCUUGCUUUUUCUCGGCUUUAAGGAAGGGUUGACCUAAUUAAUUAGUUUGUCAAUCCGGUACUAGAAUUAGCUUUUAAAUGUUCCAUUGUUCUUUGGUUUUUCACGUUGACGUUGUGAAUUAAAGAAGAAGAUACACAAUAGUUGUUUGUUUUUUACUUUAUACCACGUGAACUCUGCA